CCAUCUACACUAAUCACCAGAUACAUGUUUUAAGCAGAACUCCUGUCCUGUCUCAGGUGUGCCUGUACUGUGGUAAGCCUGGUAACUUUCUUGCUCACUGUCCGGUUCAACCAAAAUAUCUGGCUCAUCAGCAGCGGUGGGGGUACUGAUGAGCCUAAAGCUCAGAACUGUUCUUGCCCCACUGAAGUCCUGGUUACAAAUACAGGCCAGUUUCUGCACGGACGGACUGCUUCUCCUUUUACUAGAGCUCCUUGAUUCUGAGGAGGAGGGUAAUUUUUUGGACCACCAACUCGCUGUCCACGCUGGGGUGGAGCUGGAACUGCUGGAAGACCCUAUUACAGCUUUCGCCCUUAAUGGUAGUCUCCUGGCUGAGAUGGAAACAGCAGCCCCUCUGUUGCACCAGCACCACCCGCCCUGUCCAACGUCCCUCCUCAAUCAAUGUCCCUCCUCCCUGACGCCCUGUCCCGCCAAUUCUCCUCCGAGGAACCAAACUCUGCCUUGGACACAAUCUUUGCCCCAGAACAGGUCGUCAGCAUGCUUACCUGGGGGAUCAAGGAGACAGUUAGAGAGGCACAGCAACAACAACCUGAUCCCAGUAAUGGCCCUGCUAACUCUCUUGUCCCCAACGACGUACACUCCCAGGUACUGCAGCGGGUUCACACCUUUUGUUUCGCUUGCCAUCCUCGAGUCAUCCGCACCACCUCUCUCCUCAAGUGGCAUUUCUGGUUGUCCGCCAUGGAGAACAACAUGAAGCAAUUUGUGGCAGCGUGUUCUGUUUGUGCAAGAGGCAAGGCAUCCCACCGUCCACCAGCUGGCUUACUCCACCCAUUACCAGUCCAUGGCAGACCCUGGACUCACAUAGCCUUGGAUUUCAUCAACAGCCAGCCUGUCUCUGAAGUACGUCCUCAGGUUUCCACCCCCAGACCAACGGCUAGACAGAGAGGACCAACCAGGACCUGGAGACCACCCUACCUGUGUGGCAGCUGCAAACCCCAAAAGCUGGAGCACUCAUUUGGCCUGGGUCCUCAGUGUUGUAGUCAAGACCACCUGAACCCAGACCAAGUCAAGACCCAGACCAAGUCAAGACCCAGACCAGAGCGAGUCCAACAGGACAGCAGAAUGUGGAACCAGCGAAUAAUAUGCUCCGAACAUUGAUCCUGAUAAACCUCUCCCUCUCUCUCUCUGUUCUGUUCUGGUCAGAUCUCAAAUGAAGAUCAGAUUUCACUUCCUGAUUAUUUGUUGAUCUGACGUGUCACAGGUCACAGUCUGUGUGUGAGUCAGGCUGGUCGGACAUCUUUGAUGCGUCUCAGUGUUUGAAAACUUCUUAUGAAGAACCCUCCCUUACAUUACAGAUGUUUUCCUCCCUGAAGGAAUUUAUAUUUGAUUUAUUGCUUCCUUUAAAAACACGACAGAACGGUACUGUGUCGUCACGUGACUGCAGGCCCGUGUUAGUUAUGACGGAAACAGAUGUGUUGAGUCUUUGAAGAGCAGAGAGGAAGGAGAAGCAUCACA